UUAGGUCACGCGUCUACAAAUACAUCAUUAGUAAAAAAAUUAAUAAUGUUAUCAUUUGAUUGUGAGUGUUUUUUGGCUGUUUUUAUUUUACUGUUUGAUAAGUUGCCAACCAAAGUUCAAGGGUCAAAGCCCAACACUACAGAAAUGCCUCUAAAAGGGAUUCCAAAUCAGCUGUCACCCGAAUUACUCAAAACAUUGGCUGAGAUGGGACACGGGGAUGAAAUAAUUUUAGCUGACAUUCAUUUCCCUUCUGCUUCAAUUUGUUCUCAUGGUCCUAAACAAAUAAGAGCCGAUGGACUCAGUGCUACAGUAUUAUUAGAAGCCAUAAUGCAGUUGUUUCCCUUGGACCAGUAUGUGGAUUAUCCUGUUGCCAGAAUGGACCUGGUUAGCUCUGAUAAAGAGAAAGGUCUGAAAACACCUAUCUGGGAUAAGUAUCAAGAAAUCUUAGAUGCUGCAGAAAAGAAAAAGGUGCAAAUACAGUAUGUUGAGAGAUUUGAUUUUUAUGAGAGAGCUAAGAAAGCCUUUGCCAUUGUACAUACUGGAGAAAAUCAGCAAUAUGCAAAUAUCAUUCUAAAAAAGGGAUGUCUUGUUUGAUUAUCAAAAGCACCAUUAUCAAGGGUACCAGUGCCUCCAUUUGCCAUUACUUUUAAAUCAAGUAGAUAAUACAUUUUAUAAAACUGUUUCUUUAGUAAAUGAAAUAAAGAAAAUUUUAUUCAAGAGA